AUGGUCUCCGCUCCUCUGCUGAUGCAAGCCAGGGCGCCGCCCGCAGCGGGAACCGGGUUCCGUCGGCCCGCCUCCCGCCGGACGGUUCGGUGCGCGGUGGCCGUCGCGUCGGCGGCGCCGGCCGGCAGGUGCACGCUCUACGAGGUGCUGGGGCUGCGCGCCGGCGCGACGGGCGGCGAGAUCAAGGCCGCCUACAGGCGCCUGGCGCGGGAGCUGCACCCGGACGUGGCCGGCGCGGCGGGGGACGGCUUCAUCCGGCUCCACGACGCCUACGCCACGCUCUCCGACCCGGACGCCCGCGCGCGCUACGACCGGGGCGUCGUCGCCCAGGCCUACGCGCAGCCGCCCGCGGCCAGGCCGUCGCCGCACAGCUUCUGGGGCCGGCCGCGCCGCACCUGGGAGACCGACCAGUGCUGGUAG